UCUGAGACUCGCCGACGGUGGCGUUGUUCCACUCCUCCGGUGGCGGUGUCGCGAUGCCUCGAGCGCGACGUCGGCGUCACAGCGCUAGAAGUGCGGUCGGCGUAGAAGGUGGUGACGAAGACGACGACGACUUGCAAAGAACGCAGACUAUGUCCUCGCUACGGCUACCACGAUGGCUCGGCAAGUUGCACACUUACGCUAUCCUCGCCGGCUGCCUGGCACUUCUCAUCCUGUUCAGGUCAUUCCACACGGAAGUACAGGAGGGUGAAAAAGAUAUCUUUGACGAUGAUUUGUUCAUUGCGCCUCAACAGUUUGACGACCACGCCCAGAACGAGGUAGUCGUGCGCGAAGAACUUGACGCGCUUCCCGAAGAAAGCGUUAGCAACGACAAUCCCUACGUUCACCGGUACGUAAUCGACGCGUCGCACGUCUGUCGGGGCUUCGAAGUCGCUCCGAGGCGCCUCAUAUUCGUGGCGAGCGCUCCGAGCCACCGGGAGGCGAGGAAUGCCAUACGCGACACUUGGGGACUGCCUUCGUACGUUGCGCAUCGUGACAGCAAGGUACUGUUCCUGCUGGGACGCUCCGCGCACGACAUGGAGAUCAAGGCAGAGUCCCAGGUCAACGGGGACAUCGUGCAGGGCAGCUUUACGGACAGCUACGACAACUUGACGCUCAAGAGCGUCAUGAUGCUCCACUGGACGCGCUCCUUCUGCCCCAACGUGGAGCACGUGAUGAAGACGGAUGAUGACGUGUACGUGAACCUCGACAACCUGGUUCACCACCUGGAGCACGAGAUGGCCGACCAGAGACGCUGGAUCCAGGGAUGUAUCAAGAGGCACGCCGGCACGCCGCUGCGCUCUGCCGGUGCCGGUCUGCCUGUGAGCCCGGUAGACGUGCGGACAUUGCCCAAGGCGCACCCGGACUUUGUGGCGGGCGCGGGUUACGUCAUAUCCGGUGACCUGGUGAAGGACUUGCUGGUGGUCUCGGCGAGAGUCAAGUGGGUGCCUUUAGAAGACGUGUUUGUAACGGGACGGUGUGCUGCCGCGGUGGGCGUCAAGCCCGAGACUGACGACAGGUUCAGCUGUGGCCGGCAAGUGAAGGAUCCGUGCGAAAUGGCCCACGCGUUCACGGGACAUGGAAUGACGCCAGAUCUGAUGAGAAGGACGUGGGAUGCGAUGCUCAGUGGCUGUUCGUGAGACAAAUACGUGUUGCGAAGCUUCUUAUAGAAUGUUUCCUUUUUUCGCGGUGUGGGACAUGUGGUACUUAAAGGCAGUAAAUGAGAAUGCUCACGAGACUGAGAUACGUAAUGCUUGAAUCACUCGUGCACAGGUCGGGACGUUCAAGUGACGUGUAAUAUCCAAAGGAGUCGCCGAAAUUUCAAGGUUGGACUGCGAUGGCCUAUGCGUGCUUGUUUGAAGUGCAACGUAGUUUUUCAUAGCGAGUACUGUGAACGCUGUUCCCGUCAUCGUUAAAUGACAGAAUUUUCGUAUUUUAUGCUGCGUCAUUUCGUCUGUAGACCACUGUCGGUCAAGAAUGUUGUACGUUACGGGGUUAAUUCAUGUUCAGCACCAAGUAAUGUCGGGAAGUUCUAACUUGCCGCUGAUUCUGGUGAACACGAGUGAAUAGUGUGUGGUGAUUAAACAGUUCGUGUAUUGUUGGUAGACUUCGAUGGUGAAUCAUUGAAGGGACGAUCUGAACCGGCAGAGUACAAAGACUAUGCCUGUUGGCGUCAAGUUUUCCUCAUUGAAGAACGCAGUAAGCACUUAAAGGCUAAACGGCAUAUGGGCUGACCAACCUCCCUGCUUUUCCCUCUCUCGUUCCUGCUUCUACUCUGGUGGGCAUAAGUAGGCUGAUAAUUUCUGAACGGAAACAAAUUUAUUGCUCUGUAUUGAGUCAAAACCAUUCACUAAGCCACUGCAAGAACAAGUGGGGGAAUAAGCUAAAUUGCUAUAAUAAAUCCGGCUGUUUAAAUUAUGCUUCAGUGAACUGACGAUGCUUUUCACAUAUUGACUUUGUGACAAACAUAGCCUGUAUAUAUGAAUGUUGAGGCGCACAGAAUCUUUAUUUUAUGUGACCCUUAAGAACCCCAAGAAACUACAAUGCGUCCUGUUGAGCUUUUCUUGCUGUAUUUGGAGGCAGGCUAAAGGAACGUUCUCCACAUAAAAAAAAA